GAGCCGCAGCCCUUUACAGUACAGUCUCCUCCUUUAAUUCCGCUAUUAAAGCGCCCAAUGUCUUAUGUCGUCCUUUGUCCUCUCUCUACUGUCCUGUGUCUCUUGCCUUUCGACGCUAAUAUUCGUAUUCUGCAUCAUGAGCCAGCCGAACGGAGGCCAGGGCUUCUUCUCCGUGCCGGAUUUCCUCAGACAUUAUCGCAUUGUGCACAACACUUUGCGAGAGGCUGACAUGGAGAGCGCCACCUCAAUGACGGAACCCACAAACUUUGGGAAAAUCGUCGUAAAUGCCCUCGCAGCCAUGACAAAAAAUGGAGGCAUCGAUCAACGAUUACUACGAAUGUAUCUCACCAUGACACCAUCGUAUCUCGUCAUGGACACGAGCAUGAACUCAGAGGGCGGCAAAACGAGCUGGCGGACGGGCUUUAUGCGCUUGGUGGAAGUUCUUGUCGCACUGCACAAGCGUGGGGAACUCGAACUCGAAACGGUAAACGAGGCGUCAAAGGCCUGUUCGGAGUGCUGGAGCAUAUCCGGCUCUUGGCGGGGCUUGGAGGAGUGCAAAGAGACAAUAAGGGAGGUUGCCGCAAAGCUGAAGACUCUGCUUGAUCCAAACGGACGGACGUUCCAAGGACAGCAAAUCUAUACACCGGGAUAAUAUUGACGAUGUUGUAAUAGUGUAUAAUAGUUUCGUAUAUUUUGUUGUUCGCAGAUCAUGUACAGUUGCAUAGAUGACAUAGGAGAAUGUCCACAGCU